AUGGCCUCUAAACCGAAAGACCCACCAUCUGUGAAUGGGACAAGGCUAAUCCACGGGGAUGCUUCCUUGAGUAAAGAUGAAGUUGCUCCUUCAAUCUCUGUAACCACGACAUUCAAAACGCCAACGGAUAUUGGCACGAUUACCAAUGGGUUUGAUCCACUGAACCCGGUUCGUCAUGUAUACUCGCGGUAUACACAGGAUAAUAGCACAAGAGCGGAGAAAAUCCUGUCUGAAAUCAAUGGAGGUUACGCUCUAACAUAUGCAUCUGGACUUACAUCUUCCUUUGCGGCUCUAGUCCAUUACAACCCUACUUGUAUUGCUAUCACCGGCGGCUACCAUGGCUGUUAUCAAACAAUCGCAAUUUAUAGAAGGAUCAAAGAGGUCAAGAUUAUUAGCAUCGACGAUGAAUAUGAAGAAGGCACACUUUGUUGGCUUGAAACUCCUUUGAAUCCGACAGGGGAAGCAAGAAACAUACAGUAUUAUGCAGAUAAGGUCCAUGCCGCGAAGGGACACCUUUUGAUCGAUUCGACUUUCGGACCUCCUCCUUUGCAGUACCCGUUCAAAUGGGGUGCAGAUUGUAUUAUGCAUAGCGGAACAAAGUAUUUCGGAGGCCACUCUGAUCUGCUUUGUGGCAUCCUGAUCGUGAAAUCUCUCGAUCAGUGGAAGGAAUUAUGGUCGGAUCGCACGUAUGCGGGGAACAUGAUGGGUUCUCUUGAAGCAUGGCUUCUCCUGCGUUCUCUGCGUACUUUCCACCUCCGUAUCCCUAGGCAGUCACGAACGGCAACAGCGCUUGCCCAAUGGCUUGACCGAGUCUCGCAGACUCCCGCUGGACAGGAGUGGGAUGGCGUGCCAGGUGGUAUUAUCCACAAGGUGUUCCACACCAGUUUGCAAGCGAGAACAGCUACCUGGGAUAUUGCGAAGCAGAUGGAUGGUGGAUGGAGCGCGACAUUCUCUUUCUUGCUUGAGAAGAAGGAAUAUGCGGCUGUACUACCGUAUCUUGUCAGGUACUUGGUUGCUGCUACGAGUCUCGGGGGUGUCGAAAGCCUCAUCGAGCAUCGUAUGUCUUCCGAUCCGUCGUCCGACCCGCGUCUCAUUCGCGUCAGCAUUGGCGUCGAAGAACUAGAGGACCUGAAGGCUGAUUUCAGACAAGCAUUGAAAAGAGCGGCACAGGAAAAGGCGAAGCUGUAAAUGGCGCAUUAUUAGCCUAAGACAGGACUUCUGAAAGCAAGACGAUCUAUAAUGGAAUAUAGAACGUACACACCUAUUGGAGUGAACAGUUUUCCUCUUACUACCGUCCACUUUGCCCUAUAAAAUUCCAACAACGAAUAGUUUCCCUCCCACGCCAUUCCCGUACGUUUCACUCCACCAAUGUCAUAUAUCAAGGUGGAACAUACUUCUAUAAGCUCG